UACAAUUAAUUUAGGUCUCUGACAAAUAUUAUGUUAUUAAAUGUUAUUUAUGUUAACUAACUUAAAUAAUUGCAUGUUAAUGCAUUUCCUGAAUAUUCCUACCCCCCGUUUUCCUUAGAUGGCUCAGUCAAUAAUGGAUGCCAGGCUAAAGAGACAUAGCCCGCUCUAACCAUCAUGAUGAGUGAACUGAAGGACUGCCCGCCGCUAAAGUACUACGACUUCAAGCCAGUAGAGCAUGUCAAGCUGUGCCCCCGCUACACUGCAGUGCUUGGGCGUUCAGAGGACGAUGGUAUUGGUAUUGAGGAGCUGGACACACUGCAACUGGAGCUGGAGACUCUCCUGUCCUCCGCUAGCCGGCGUCUCAGAGCUCUUGAAGAACAGAGACAGAUCCUAACAGACUGGCAGGAUAAGAAGGGGGACAAGCGCUUUCUGAAGCUGGGAAAGGACACAGACCUCUCUGCCUCAUCACGUCACAAACCUAAAAAGCAGAAACUCGAUGGAAAGGGCAGUCAUGGGCCUGGGCCUGGUCCUGGACGACCAAAAUCAAAAAAUGUGCAGCCAAAAGUCCAGGAGUACGAGUUAAGUGAGGAUCCUCAGGACAUUCCCCGUAAUCCUAAGAAUGAUGCCCCCAACAGAUUUUGGGCAUCAGUAGAGCCAUACUGUGCUGACAUUACAAAUGAAGAAAUUCGGGUUCUGGAAGAACUCCUGAAGCCCCCAGAUGAUGAGGCUGAAUACUACAAGAUUCCGGCCCUGGGAAAACACUACUCUCAGCGAUGGGCUCAGGAGGACCUACUGGAGGAGCAGCGGGAAGGAGCGCGAGCCAACGACAAGAAGAAAAGCCUUAUGGGACCACUGUCUGAACUUGACGCCAAAGAUGUGGAUGCCCUGCUAAAGAAGUCAGAGUCCCAGCACGACCCCCCAGAAGAUGGCUGUCCCUUUGGUCCUCUCACACAGCGGCUCCUUCAGGCUCUUGUUGAGGAGAAUAUCAUAUCGCCCAUGGAAGAUUCUCCAAUCCCUGACCUAUCAGGGAAGGAUGGUGGAAACGAUGCGGCGGGGACAUCACCUCGCAGCCAGGGCAAAUCUUUCAGUGUUCCUCAUACUCGCUCCCUAGAGGCCCGGAUCAAGGAGGAGCUGAUCGCUCAGGGGCUGCUGGAUUCUGAGGAGCGGCCCGGAGCGGGUGGAGACUCGGAGGAUGAGGUGCUGGCUGAGCUCCACAAGAGGCAGGCUGAACUGAAAGCCCUGAGUGCCCACAACCGAUCCCGAAAGCAGGAGUUACUCCGCCUGGCGAAAGAGGAGAUGCGGAAGCAGGAAUUGCGCCAGAGAGUCCGGGUGUCUGAUAAUGAGGUCAUGGAGGGCUUCCGUCGCAUCAUGGCUGCAAGACAGAAGAAACGCACACCAACAAAGAAGGAGAAAGAUCAAGCAUGGAAAGCACUGAAGGAGAGAGACAGCAUCCUCAAGCUUUUGGAUGGCUAAAGGGGCAGUGGGAGUGAGGAGACAUUUUCCAGUCUGACUAUGUAUACUGUUGUAAGUGUGUCUGUGAUCAUACACUUCACUCCAUAGUAGCCAUUAACCUUUUAUCACAUUUUCUUACUCUAUAUAACUCUCCAUUGGAAAUCCUGUGAGUACUUACAAUGAUGUAGUAUUAUUUUCAUAGUGGUUGAAACUCAAUGUAAAAAAUGGACGCAUGCUUUUAUUGUUUAGAUUGUAUGAAUAUGAUAACUAAACUUGUAACGUAGAGUUUUUAUGAUUGGAACAUCCUUACCCGAAGAGCUCAUGAGGAUUUAAUUUUGUACUUAUGUGUACAUAACUGCCAUUUGUUUUGUAACAGCUAUUGUUUUUUUCAACUGGCAUUUUCCAAGGUCUGUGUUGAUUUGGUUUUUAUUUCAUUUUCAA